CCAGAAAUUUAGAAGUGUUAAUGAAGAGAGAACACAUAAAUACAUCGUACUUUUUGCUUAUUUUCAGCCGUUUUACUAUAGUUACGCUAGAUAGACAUGAUCUUUAGGUCAUUAGGCAACAUUUAUUACGGAAAUAUUAAGAAUUAAACCAUCAUGUCAAAGACCAUACGCCAAACUGGUUUAGUAGCUGCUGGUUGCCAACCAUGGAAUCUUAAUAUGGUCACUGGUCGUGGGCCAAGCUUUGCAUAUUGCUCUACUCUUGCAGUUUAUAUAUAUGAGUAUGAUGAGGCUUAUGGAGAAUACCAUUUGACAUCGAUCAAUGCAACACAUAGCAAAACUAUCACAAGUAUAUCAUGGAAUCUUGUCCAUACAGAGUUAUUUGCAACUUCUGCUGCAGAUGGUAGAAUAUGUGUAUGGGACGUAAAUAAAAGGAAAUGCAUCAAAUCUCACGACAAACUCACAAAUAUCCCAAAAUGCAUUUGCUGGCUGCCUUCAAACAAAAGCCAAACACUUGCAUACUCCUGGUCCAGAGGUCCUAUUUCAGUAUGGGACACAAUAAGUGACAGAGUCUCUACUGUAGAAAACACAAGCAGUUUUGGUUCGGACAUUUCAAUAUUCCGUUUUCAUCAUACUGAUGCAUCAAAACUGGUAGUAGGCCAUAUAGACGGCAGUCUAUCUUUUUUCCAAUCAGGUAUUCGCAACAAACAUGCUUUAAAAGCAUCCGAAGAGCCAAUACAGGAUAAUGCAGUUGUGGCUUUGGCUUGGGAUCCUUUAUCAUUGGAUUACUUACUUGUAGCAAGAAAGCAGUCAGGCACACAGCUUGUAGAUGCAAAGUCAUGCUGUCUCAUCACUACUUUUACUUUACCGAGCAAAAUGGUUUCCACGACAACCAUGUCUUGGAUUGAUUCUGCACCUGGGAUGUUCCUUACAGGGGAUCGUGAAUCUGGUGUACUUAGAUUAUGGAGUGCCUCACAAAGUACCCCACUUCAAAGCUUUAGCCUAAAAUCCACUGGAUUCAGUUGCUUGCAUGUCCUUGCUUCACUGCAGAAUACUGGAUCAUCUAAAAUGAAAAAGUCCUCUUCCCAAAAUCCUCCUCCUAUCCGGGAUCGUGUCCACUCCUCCCUUACCUCAUCUCCACUGUGCACUGUGCCUCCUGCGCGCGUCGUGUGCACAUUCUCAGAUGGCGGCAUCGGGCUUUACAAUCUACAGCUCGGAAAAUGGGAGUUUCUUCGGGAACAGGGCCACAUAGAAACAAUAUUUGAUUGCAAAUUUAAACCUGAUGAUCCAAAGUCGAUAGCAACGGCUUCGUUUGAUGGAACUGUGAAAGUUUGGUCCGUAGAUAGACUUACAACUGUCAAUUCUACUAUUGGAAAUGAAGGUGUUAUAUACUCAAUUGCGUGGGCUCCAGGUGAUUUGAACUGUAUAGCUUGUGGGACAAGGAAAAGAGGUGUUUUUGUGUGGGAUUUUGGUAACUCGAAAAUUAUAAGAAGAUUUAAAGAGCAUGGCACCUGCACUGUUUACUGUGUAGCCUGGAAUCAAAGAGAUUCACACAGACUGGCGUCUUGUUCAGAUGACAAUACAUGCGUUGUGCGUCGAUUGGAUGGGGAAUUGCAGCAGAAAUUCCAUCACCCCGAUUCUGCUUUUGGUUGUGAAUGGUCACUUACAAAUAAGGACUUGCUUGCUACAGGGUGCAAUGAUGGAAUAGCUCGAGUUUGGGAUAUGUCGAAAACUACCACAGGUCCCGCCCAUAUGUUGAGAGGUCAUACAGCCAAGGUUUUCCAUGUAAGAUGGAAUCCACUGAUUCAAAAUAUCCUCUGUUCAGGCUCAGAUGACAAAACUAUCAGGGUAUGGGAUGUCACAACUGAAAACUGUCUUUCUGUUUUAAACGGGCACACAUCUAAUGUGCGUGGUCUUGCAUGGAACCAUGAGGUGCCAUAUCUACUUGCGUCAGGUUCAUGGGACAGCACAUUAAAGCUAUGGGACACAAGGAGUGGAACUUGCAUUGAUACUGUGCAUGACCAUGGUGCAGAUGUAUAUGGACUUGCCACUCACCCUCUUAACCCAUUCUUGCUUGCAACGUCAUCACGAGACUCGACACUGCGCAUGUGGUCUUUGAGUCCUUUCACAGAGAUAUUCUUCCUGAAGAUACUAACAGAGGAACCUCCCCAUAUGAUCAUGGAAACUCCAGAGCAAGCCAUGAAGAAUAAAACAUCUUUGCACUUGACGGGCAACAUGUCCAAGCAACUCCUGGCUCAACUUAGUGAGAGGAAAAACAACGACUGGAUCAAACUUCGAUGGUUCUCGGAGUUAUUCUGUUCAUCCUAUCGCUUGGAAAAUCUGUGGGAUUUAGUUUGUGUGAUUCGUGGCCAGCGCGAAUCUUCAUUAUCCAAGUCCUAUAAACAUGGAAUUCUACACAGAAAACACCUCACUAAAUAUAAAACAUCGAAUGCCCAAGAAAUUGAACACUCGAUCGUGUACAAGAGCGGCACAGGGUAUCGGCAGAACGAGAAGUCCCUCUUGCGCGCUGCCGAGCUUCAUCUUAAGCUGGGUAACAUGAAACGGCACUGUGAGAUUCUAGUCCAACUUAAUCAAUGGGAGAGAGCAAUCUCGUUGGCUCCCGCAGUUUCAACUCAAUAUUGGGCGGAACUUUCUAGAAAAUAUGCUGCGUCUUUAGAAGAAGAAAACAACAAGGACGCUGUGAAAUAUUUUGUAGCAUCUGGUAGUGUGGACGAUGCGGUUCGUUUCCUCACCUCACAAACUGAACUACAGGAUGCACUGCUGGUCGCACAAAGUGCCAGCGAGGGAAACAUGCCCUCUAGUGUUUGUAUAGACAGAGAUUGUAACGGGAAUUCCCCUGAAUCGGGAACAGUCAACAUACAAGAAGAGUUAGUAUCAAGAUGUUGUAGCGAGCUAGCCAACAGGUUCUACCACAAUGCACACCCCUUUCAAGCUGCAUCAAUCUAUUUAACAAACAAUGAUUUCGAUUCAGCCAUUAACUGCCUUGUUAAAGCCAACAAACUCUCGGUGUCUCUCUGUCUCGCUCGUAACUUGAAAGGAGAUUUCUAUGGAACGAGGGUCGCGGCAAGAUGGAUGGCACAAAAAUGUGAAACAACUGGUGAUUAUGACAUCGCAAUAAAGUUGCUUCAGCUUUUCGACCCCGAAGUAUCAACGAACACUAGGUGGAGCUCUCUCCAUGCAUUGUGUGCUCGUUGUGAUGUCAUAGAGGAAAACAAACGACAAGAAAUUUAUAAUUUAGCAGGAUUGUUAACUCCUGCUGAAUAUACCAACCAAGCGGUGGCAGAAGAGAGCAGGGGAGAUAUUCUACAAGCAAUGAAAUGUUAUUUAUUAAGUAAUCAACCUCAGAACGGAUUAGAAUUAUCACUUCAAUUGUUAACAAACAAAAUGAACAACGCGUCGUGGACAGUUGACGAUAUUCUCGACGAAUCAGAAGCGUGUUUGUGUGUGCGGUCAUCCGUGUUAAAACAACAGUCGAACAAAACCCUGCGAGUUAAACUUUUAACUUUCUCUGCUUAUAUUGGAGCACAUCUUGCUUUAAGGAGGGAAUAUACAGAAAUUGUGAAGCCUUUAUUACAGCAUGCAAAGUCUAUGUGCGAUCUGUGCCACAACAAUGACAGCUCAUUUCCUAUCCUACCCUCGUCUAUACAAGAUGAACUACACGCAUGGGUGAACAUGUCUGAUGAUGUCAUCGAGAGUGAUGUCAUCACUCGUAUGCGCCGCCGAGCGGGUGAAGAAACUCGGUCAUGCAUGAGAGGGGUAGCAGUGGUUGACGGGUCGAAUUUACCCUCGCAUUCAGACGUUCAUGUAUCUACUAUAUCAGGGAAACAAAUCAAUGGCGCUCCUUUUUUUCUCGAAGACGGCCGAUCUGUUCUUUCGCUCAAUGAGGCCCUCAUGUGGGCAAAAGUGAACCAGUUUUCGCCAACAGGUUCCGGCGCUCGAAUAUGUCCGUUUUAAAAUUUUGACACGCAACACUGAAAACUUACCCGGAAAACACUGAAUUUAAGGAUUGUGAAACAGUUUAGCUUUACCCCAAAAAUAGCCGUGCAUUUUUUUACAUUGAAAUUAUAUGAUAACUUUUGUUAUACCUUAAUUAAAAGUUCCAUCUAAUCUGUUUAACUGACCCCAAAACAUUGAAACAAUUAAGUAUUUGUAUAUUUAUAUUCUAUUCUAUGUGGGUGAGGUCCUACAGCAUGGUAUGACAUGGGACCUGAGAUUUAGGCCAGAGUUGGCCCAUUACCCCAACACCCAGGGUGCUACAACCCAUUAGUGACCACUGGGUUAGAGCAAUGUCCGUUAAGUGUUUGGAACACCUAUCCCCACAAUGCCAUAUACACACAAAGCAUCAACCUUUUUGCACACAUUGAUACAUUGAUAUCCCUAUUCAACACUAUUGGUAUUUUGUUGCAGAGCAUUCUGUGUACAAAUGGCAAAUAAUCUUCAUUUUUUUACAAUAUUUUAUAACAUUUUAGGGUAAAAAACAUUGUUUUUUAAAUCAAUUAUUGCUAAAAAAACAUUUUUUUAAACAUUCCAAUUACUCUAUAUUAUAUUCUGUUAACUAAUGUUUUUAA